UGGGCACAUGAUCGCUGUUGCUGAAAGGCUAACAUGAUAAUGUUUAAUCUCGACACUCUUGCUUGAUGUCUCCUCUUAUUUGGGUGAGUCCCACACUUUGUUGACAGCAACAGUAAAACGACUAUUCAUCGGGAUUUACUAACCCGCCCUGACCCAAUGGCAAUGAAGGUUCGUGAUAGGAAACAGCCCGGAAAGAAGACCUUGCGCACUUCAGGAGCAUUGAAUCGAUACAUGUCCAAUCGCAGUUUCCAAGAUGAUCCAGAGUUUCACGUUGACGAUGAUGAUGACAAUGAUGAUGAAGACGAUGAACUUGUUUCGGCUGAGUGGACAAAGAAGAGAUGAGAGGAAGCGUCAUAGUAUGCAUAUGUGCGUUGACAGUGGGAAUUGAGGCAAGGUUGG